UUUGUUAUUUAUUAUGUAUGAUUUUUUGUUAUUUAUUGUUCUAUAAUUAUUGCUGCUUUUUAAAUUAUAUUGGCCUUCCUAGCAUCAGUCCCUUUUGUCACUUUUCCCUUCCUCAUCUGCUCUGAGUCUGGAGCUGGAGCAGCAGGGAUGUGAAUGGCAAUGCCUGCUCAGAGCAGUGAUCCCAUCCCUGUUUCACCUCCCCGUGUUCCCAAGGCCCAUUGAAACAUGAUGGAUUUGUUUACCCAGCCUGCAGUCAUGCCUGGGAAUGCUCCAACAGGCCCGACAGGAAGGUUGGGCUCUGCAGCUCUGACUCCUCAUCCCGUGCAGUCCCUCUGGUGCUCCCCAGAGCUGGGCAGCAGCUUUGGCACGACUGGAAACUCCUGUACCCCAAAGCCUGACUCAGCUGCACUGCCCUGACUGCUCAUUUCAUGGGAAGGCAUUGUAUGAACACACUUCAUGGGAAGGCACUGUAUGAACGAGGUGUAGAAUAGAGUAAUGUGUAUUUGGAAACUCCUGUAUCCCAAAGCCUGACUCAGCUGCACUGCCCUGACUGCUCAUUUCAUGGGAAGGCAUUGUAUGAACAAAUUUCGUGGGAAGGCAUCGUAUGAACGAGGUGUAGAUUUAAGUAAUGUGUGUUUGGAGGGUUUCAGCAACAUCCACAAGUGUUUAUGUGCUGUAGUUUUGUUCUGGCAAUUUGUCUUUUGCUUGUUUGAGAGAUUAUUGCAUAAAGGGAAGAUGUAUAAAAGAAAUACUGCUGAAAAAGUGAAUCUUUAUAGGCAUAGGUUCUUAUUCUUUUGUAUCCAAAAGAUUGGAGGUUUUGGUGCUAGUAAGGAUGAAAUGAACCCCGCAGUGAGGAGAAUAAAGUGGUUUUCACACAGAGAAAAUGAGCCAGGAGCAAGCAGCUCCCUCAGGAGCAGCUCUGCACACUCAGGGCCGGGAUGGUUAUGGAGCAAAGCUGACACUGGCACAGGCUCUUCCUCCUGCUCACUCUGUCCUUCUGAUCCCUCGUGUCCCGCUGUUCCCAGGCCAGGAUGCUGUUCCCGCUGCCCCUGCGUGCAGCCUGCAGCCUGCUGGCCUGGUUCUGCCUCUACAAGUGGUUCUGCCACCGCUGCCGGCACCGGAGCCUCGAGUGGAGCUGCAGGCUGGUCACCCUGACCCACGGCAUCCUGGCCACCUGCCUGUCCGCCUACAUCGGCUUCAUCGACGGCCCCUGGCCCCUCAGCCACCCAGGCUCACCCAACACGACCCUUCAGGUGCACGGGCUGUGCCUUAGCUUGGGCUACUUCAUUUUUGACCUGUGCUGGUGUGUGUACUUCCAGACGGAGGGUGCCCUGAUGCUGGCCCACCACCUGGUCAGCAUCGUGGGCAUCGCCGCCUCCUUGGCGCUGGGCGAGUCGGCCGGCGACGUCAACGCCGUCAUCUUCGGCAGCGAGAUCACCAACCCGCUGCUGCAGGCCCGCUGGUUCCUCAAGGAGCUGGGCCGCUACCACACCUUGGCGGGCGACCUGGUGGAUUUCCUCUUCGUGGUGCUCUUCACGGGCGUGCGCAUCGGCGUGGGGGCCUGGCUGAUGUACUGCGAGCUGGCCUCGCCCCGGCCCCGCUGGUACAUCAAGCUGGGCGGGGUGGUCAUGUACGUGGUGUCCUGGGUGUUCAUGGUCAGCAUCUGCCGCUUCGCCAGGAGGAAGAGCAUCAGCAAGUACCAGGCCUGGAGGAGCCGCAGGAGCCGCGAGCUGGGCUGGAAAACCAACGGGCACCUCAAAGGGCACUGAUGGAGGAUGAGCAGAAUUGCUCGAGUUCACGGGCUGGCAAGGAGGGGUUCGUGCCUGAAAUGCUGCUGGAGGGAGAGGAGCCAACGCACGUUAGCAGAUCUGGAGCCAAAUUUAUCCCUGGCCUAACUCCACUGAAAGCCAUGGAGCUAUGCCAUGGAUUCACUGGGCAGAGCUGGCACGGUGUGCACAGCCUGAACGAGGAGGGAAAGAAGAAUUUAUAGACUAACCAUGGCUAGUCCAGCAGUUCAGGUGUAAAUGGUGAUGUGGAGGGAAAGAAGAAUUUAUAGACUAACCAUAGCUAGUCCAGCAGUUCAGGUGUAAAUGGUGAUGUGGAGGGAAAGAAGGGCUAAUUUUAUAGACUAACCAUGGCCAGUCCAGCACUGCAGGUGUAAAUAGUGAUGUGUGUAGCCAGCUCCUUCAAAUCUUGGAAGAGAGGAGGAGGUAACACUAGGUCUCCGUGUCCUGUGCAGUCUAGGCAGCUAGAGUUCUAGAGUUCUCACCAGAGUUUCAUGCUGGUGGAGGAAGUGUUCUAGUGUUGCAUCCAAGCUGGGAUUCCUGGCUCUUCCACCAUCUCGUUGGUGUGCACAGCCUGAACGAGGAGGGAAAGAAGGGCUAAUUUAUAGGUUAAACAUGGCAAGUCCAGUAGUGCAGGUGUAAAUAGUGAUGUGCGUAGCCAGCUCCUUCAGGAUCUUGGAAGAGAGAAGGAGGUAAUGCUGGAUUCUCCAUGUCCUGUGCAGUGUAGGCAGCUAGAGUGGCUCUUCAUGCUGGUAGAAGUGUUCCAGUGUUGCAUCCAAGCUGGGAUUCCUGGCUCUUCCACCACCUCGUUGUGUGACCUUGGGCAAGUCUCACAACUGGAACUCUGUGCCUCAUUCCCCCUCUGUGACUUGGGGGAGAUGGAGCUGCUCCAUCUCUUAUGCACUUUCAGAUUUUUACUCGAGAGGUGCUAUAUGAAAAAAGUGAUGGUUGUUAUCUGUACUUGGUUCAUCAUUCCCGUGUUUCCCUUGGGAGAAACGACUUUGGUGGUCGAGCUAGAGCGAGACUCUAGAAAAAUCAGUAUUUUAGGUAGGUUGUUGUUUCCUACCCUUUCUAACUCCUUUCAAUAACUUAUUCAUUAACUUAUUAAUAACUUAUUUUCUGUAGUGUCCAGAACCUAGCUCUAAUCAGCACUGCCUAAUUACAGGACUAGGUGCUCUGUGAAUACACCCAAAGACACAGACCCAGAAGGUAAAAUUUUUCCUGAUUUUUCCCUCUUCUUCCCUGACUGUUAAAACUCCCCUACAAACACUGCUUUUAGCUCCUUGGGUAACCAGCACACUCCACUUUGAGAAGCCCCAUCAGGAUUUGCCAGUCAGGGGUUUUCUUGCUGAUGAGCCAAGCCCUGAUUUUGUCUCCAGAACACCAAAUUCUGGAGAAUUCCCUCUGCCAUGCCCCAAAUCCAAAUUGGGAUUUCUGGUUGCCCAGAAUCUGCCCUGUGGAAGCCACAGACUGACCUUGGCUCUCCUUCAUCUGAACUGAUGCCUUGACCCCUGGGCUUUGAUUUCCCUCUGACUGGGUCUGAGUCACUUUAUAAAAGUGAACAUUUAGAGGGUCAGAGAGAAUUAUUUUACAGCUCAGUGAAGAAAUGAGAGGCCCAGAAUCUGAUCUUUUUAAAGCAAAAAAUUAACCUGCCUGUGAGAAAAAUAAGCAAUACUUAUCCAGUCCCAUUUGUAGGGAAAAACCAUGCCCAGCUGGCAGCUCCUGGAGUUGAUUUCAUUGCACGUCCUUAAGCUGUUCCUUUGUUUUUGCUGCGAUUUUGAGCAUUUCCUUUGAGCCUCCAGUGCAGCUCAGGUGCCCCCUUUUGCUUGAGCCUUGCUUGCUGCAGCCAAAGACCUGAAGAAGCCCCAAAAAACCCCUUUAGAUGAGCAGGGCCAACUGAUGAGCUGGUCCUGGAGAGCAAAUUUGACCCAUCCAGCACUCUCAAGCCUUGGAAGGAGACCAGAAGGGCUGGUUGGGGCUUGCUUCUUUUUCCCAGCUCUGCUGCUCGGUUGAGCACAUCCAGGAGCCUUUUUGCCUCAACUUAACCCACUUUGGGAAGUGGGUGCAGUCUUACCUACCUCAUGGGGUGUUUCCAUUCAGCACCAAGCCACCUUUGAUGGAUUCUGGGUGGUUUGUGUAUAAAAGUUGCUUUGAGUGUUGUCACCUGAGCUGGGCACUUCCCAACAUCCCAAAAGCAGGAGUGAGGUGUUUGGCAAAGGUGUUAAAGGGCAGGAGUCACAGGGAGUGAGCUGGACGUGCUCAUAAAGGUCAGAAAAAUAUUAUUUUAGUCUGCUUCAUCCUCACAGGGAGCCCCAAGCUGAGGAAAAGGGGUUUGCUGGCUUUUCCCUGGUCAGGAUUGCAGGAAUCUGGAGCCAAAAGUGUCUCAGCCACUGGCCUGAGCAGGGAAUGAGGGCUUGCAGCAGCAUCUCCUGCAGAAAUGCAGGGGAAAACAGGUCCUGGGGGUGAAAACAAACAGGUCCUGAGGGUGAAAGCAAACAGGUCCUGGGGGUGAAAACAGCCUGGUCCUUGCUGCUGAGCUGCCCACCAUGAAGAGUUUCCACCAGCCCUGGUGGUUUGGGCUCUGAGUUUUGCUGAGGGUUGGGGUGCAGCUUUUUGGGGUCGCCUGCCCAGGUGGGUGAGGAUGGCAGUGAAUCUGUGAAUCAACUGUUUGAAGAGAUUUUGAAAUACAAUGGUUUGAGUUUGGGAAAGCAGAAAAGGUUUCCCCCCUUUUCUGAAUGUGGUUGGAAGAAGGAGAGCACUGCUCAGCUCUGAGGCUUUGGGAAGUAAGCAAGGAAACAAAAGGACAAUUAGAAAUGGCUUUAUGAGGCACAGCAAGGCCUCACAGCCCAUUUAGUGGGCUCCAGCAUAGAUUUACAGGCCCAAAAGUACAAAUUCCAAGCUGUGGAGCACAGGGUGGGACCUGUCCUCAGGCUAGUCCAUAGUGGCUAGAGCAAACUGUGAGAGGAAACUGCAGAACUAGUGUGAAAUAAUAACUUGUGUCUGAAUUACUGUGUAAUAGCAACUAAUGUUCCACCAGUGAAUGGUGUAGAUGCUUUGUAUAAUGUUUUAUAAAAAUAAAGAUUAUUUAACUACAUGA